GAGUAGCUCAACAAGGCAUUCCAGUCACCGUCCUCAUCCCGAUUGUUCAAAAGCACCCAAACACGCCCCACCUUUUACAACCAUGACGUUCUACUGGAGAGAAGCCGGCUUGACGUACUUGCAAUACGCCAACAUCACUGCCAAAGCCCUCCGCAACGUCCUCAAGGAACAAGCCAAGGUUGUCGCUCUCCGUCGUGAGGAGCAGUACGUCAAAGUGCAGCUCUGGAGCCAAGGAAAGCAGGGAGACACUAGGGUGAUUGACCCCUCUGGAAACAAACUUGGCCACUAAACUGCUCGCGAAUCGAUCCAUUGAUCCGAUCUUCAUAGAUUUAAUUUUGUUAAAAGAUUGGAGAGAGAAACUGAGGAUGGUCGAGUCGACUGUACCAUCGCUGUGGAGUAUAUAGUGGGAAUAAAAAUGAUAUCCUGCAUGGAACCUCA